GCCGUAGACAUCAGCUGGACGCACAACAAACGUCAAAUAUAAAUAAACAGAAAUGUCAGCUGGGAAAGUGACAGUGCAUCCAAUAACCAACAACCCCACACAGGCAUGGGAGCAGAUUCGAACGACUCAACGCACCAUCAAGCUCAAUGUGAAAACACCAACCACACCACCUGAUGAGAACAUGUUGCGUUUUGUGUGUAUGAGUGACACCCACAGUCUGACAUCACACAUCCAGCUGGACAUACCAGACGGUGAUGUCUUCAUUCAUGCGGGAGAUUUCACUCGGUGCGGCAGUGCUGUUGAGGUGGAAGAAUUUAACAACUGGAUAGGUGCUCUUCCACACAAGCACAAGGUUGUUAUAGCUGGUAAUCAUGAAUUGAGCUUUGACAGAAAGUUCACAACCACCACAAGACAACAUCACAAAACAGCACAUACAGGAGACAGUCUUAUCAAUGAGAUUCCAGACCUAGGGAUGGAGCGGGAGGAAUUGUGCGCAGCUGUUGCUGAGCAAAACACAGUUGAUUUGGUGACGAAUGCUAUCUACUUACAGGAUCAGGCUCUCACAAUAAGCGGGAUCAGACUCUAUGGAACGCCAUGGCAGCCAGAAUAUUGCAACUGGGCCUUCAACUUACCAAGAGGCACAUCCUGCCUGGAGAAGUGGGAUGCCAUCCCUGAGGAUACAGAUAUCCUGAUCACCCACACCCCUCCUGUGGGUCAUGGGGACCUCUGCUGCACGGGGGUGAGGGCAGGAUGUGUUGACCUCCUGUCCACUGUGCAGACCAGGGUUAAACCUAAGUACCAUGUAUUUGGGCAUAUUCAUGAAGGUUACGGUGUGACAACAGACGGAAAAAUAAUUUUCAUCAAUGCCUCGACUUGCAACAUCAAUUUUGUCCCAAUCAAUCCACCUAUUGUGUUUGAUGUCCCUAUCCCUUCAGGCUUCUCAAAGUGACCAACCACCUAAACUGCCUAGGAUGGAGCUCAUAUAGGACUGGUUUUUGUUGUUAAGUAUGGAAAACACCCAAGAUACUACAAGGAUCCGGAGAAUUGGGUAAGGGAGAGAGAAAAAAGGAUAUAACUAAUAUAAAGGAAGUAAUGUUGGGAUUUAGGCCUGGAACUGUAUAUUAUUGCUGUGUGCUGAGUAUUAUUGUAUGUAUAAGAUGGUAGAACUUAAUUCAUCAGCUACCAGUGGAAUUUGAUGGAACUGAUGUAGGAGGCUUUGAGUAUUUAAACAAACAAAAACACACACAAACAAACAAACACAUACACAAAAAAUAAGCAAACACAAACAAAUACAUAAACAAAACAAACAGACAAACAAAUAGACAAAUAAACACACACACACACACACACACACACACACACACACACACACACACACACACACACACACACACACACACACACACACACACACACACACACACACACACACACAUACACACACACACACACACACACACACACACAUGUUUCUAUAUAUAUAUGUAUCUGUGGACACAUUCAAGCAUCUGAAACUUUGCUACUGCUUAUAUCAUAGCAAAUUUUGAUUGCUAUAAAGUCUUGCUGCAUACUAGAGUAUACAAAGAAUAAUGAUUGAUAUUUUGACCACUGUGAUAGUGACAUGAAUGUUUACAUCCUUAACAUUCCUUAUCAUUAUGCACACCUAAGAAAUUAAAGAAACCAAGUGCAAGAGUAAUUUUAGCAGUGAAUUUCAACUUGAAUUCAAUUGAUUUGUGAUUUGGCCUAAUGUUUAAAAGUUAAAAGAGGAAUGAAAAGAAAUUUAAGACAUAGAGUACGUAUGAACUUUGAUCAUAUUGAGGAAGUUCACCUUUUAUUUUUUCAGUGACGUUUCAUUAUUUAAAGGGGAAAAAAAAGAGAAAAAAAGAACUCAUCAUUUCUUAGUUGCAGUCAUAGGAGGAGAAAAGGGAUAGGAAAACCCAUAACGGUCGAGAACUGCGCGUAAGGUGAGGGAGAGUAUUGACGAUAGGUUUUCCCUGCUGUUGCAUAAUUUGCAUUCCCAUUUGUUACCGUAAAGCAGUUGAUAAGUAAAACCUUUUUCUGCAAGGCUUUUUGCCCAUUAUGAGAAGGCUUUUUUUUUUUUUCUUCUUCUGUACUUUUUUUUUUUAGAUAGAUAGGUAAUUAUUAUUUAUUUAUUUAUUUAUUUUAGUAGAAGGACCUUAUACUCUUUAUUUGUAUAGGCUUUAGAUCUCAUGCUCAACUCUGUGUAAAUGUAGCAAAGCCUAGUCUAAUUUGAUUUAGACAUGACCAAGCUUAGUCUUAGCGUUUUCGAGGUCUUGGAAGGCCUCGGUUCACUUGAUCUCUCGUCGUGUUGAAGUAUAAUCGCAAUAGUCCGUACUAGCCCUUCUUCCUAAGUGAAUUGCUCGCUGAAUCAUUCUAACCUCAGACAACCCUAGGCCAGUGCAAUCCAGAAGGAAAACAUGCUUUUAAUCUAACUUAAUCAAGCCAUCUGUAACCUAGCUUAACCCUGACGUGACCAAUGCUAUAUCAUAAGUUGUCUCCUUUAGUCAACUUCGUGCCUGUGGUAGAAGUAGCGGAGUAGAAUCUUAAGGUAUCAGUCAUUUUGUUUCUGUGAUUAGACCAUGUCACAAAAAUUAGUUGUAAUUUUACGUUUAAGUACCUUUUUUUUUUUUUCAUAUGACUUGUAUCUUUUUUACUUUCAUUUUUGACUGUCAAUUCAAAUGAAAUGCAUUUAUGUAACAAAAUAACCUUGAUAAUGGUGCUGAUUUUUGAAAGUCACUGUAUAUAACUCAAAGUGUUGAAUGUAAUUAAUCAAGAAAUGUACACAUUACUUGACUUUAAGCAGUGCAUAACAUGAAACUAAACUUUAUCGACAAUGUAAUUAAUUGUAGCUGAUGAAUGAUAUUAAGAAAUGAGAAGUAUGCUGAAAAAUUCCAUUAGCAAAUUCUGUGACUUUUGAAAGUUUUUGAGAUUGCAUGUAAGUGAUGUAUGAAUAAUGUAAGUGUGAAUCUGAGGUUCAGUGAUUUACAUAACUGACAGAGGUGAACUUAUUGUUUUCAGGUUGCAAUACCUGAAUAGCUGGCAUAAAAGGACCAUAAGAAUAAUCUGAUUUGACAUAUCACAAGGAAAUAGGUAUAGAGGUUUUUAAUUGUGUAAAGGAAUUGGUUUGACUAACUUGUGCUUGUAGAAAUCUACAUUAUGAAUCUGUAUGUGUUCAAAUUUUAUUCCUGGUUAACAUCCAUUACCCUCAGGAUCAUGUAAUAACUAAUAGGAAUAGAUGUGCAUGCUAUUCACACAUGGCUAGAAUUUCUGCUUUGCUAAUGCAUGCUAAUUGGAGCCUCCUGAUUUCUGUUAAGAGCCUUUGUAGUACAAUCUUUAUUUCUGAAAUGGAAACAUACCUUAUCACACAAGCAGUUUUAACAGCUUGAAGAAGAGUAUUGGAUAUUACAGUAAUAAUACAUUUUAGGUUUGCUUGUUUAAAGGUAUUAUUCAGUUAAGAGUGAAAAGGGAGGGUGAAUCUGAGGUGUUAAUUUCUAAUAAUGGCCUUACUCAUGCCUUAAAACAUUUGUAACAUCUCUGUAAAAACUGAAAUUAGGUACACAGUAAAUGACAUGUGCUGUCUGGUGUCUAGAGUAUUUUAUAUUUAUUUAUUUACUUAUUUAUUUACUAGUUAAAGUGGAAUUACAGUAUUCUUUGAUCAGCUACUCACACGGGAAGGCCAUCAUAUUAUAUAUUCUAGAAUUUUCAGUAAGUACCAAUGAAAAUAAUUAUUGGCCUGAAAGUUUAUUCUAGGAAAGGGAAUCAGUCUCUUUGAAAUUGUAACUUAAAGAGGACUUUUGCUUAGUACGCUCACUCAAACAUUAUUUUUAACCCAGUAACGAGGGUUAAAAUUUUUGGUAAAGUCUGCCGAGAAAAGGUAUACAGUAGUUUGCGCUGGUCUAUGCCUGGGCAGUAGUUUGGUUUACAGUUGGGUGUACUAGACCUCAUCCCAGCAGUUGGGAUGUGGAGUCAUGAUAUGAUAAAACACCACCUGGCAUAAGUAAUCUUACAUGACAUUUAAAUUCUUAGCAGUAAGAUUUUACUCUUGUCUUGUUCUGGUGUCUCUUUGGUAUUAUCAACCCAUUGAAGCACCAAGACCAUAUGGCAGCUGGCUAGCAUCCAUGGCUCAUGGUUGUAAUUGCUACAUGUUCUUCAUGCUUAACAGUUGUUCACUUAUUUGGCCUUCUCUGUGGUAAAAAGGUACAGGUUUUGAGACUUGUCUCAAUCUCUUCUUCUUUUUUCCAAUUUUUUUUUUCUUUUUUUUUCUGCUGCAGCCAAAGUCAUAGAGUGGGUGUUUCUAAUUUCUCUCAUUAGCAGCUUUUUGUGUAUAGUAUACCUGGAGCACAGCUCAGUUUGACAUGGAUAAGAGCCAUUGUCAUUGAGUUAACAAUAUUAUUAUCUAGAGAUGGCUCAUCCAUUUAUUCAAGUGAACGUUUUCUGAUCCAAAGAUUGAUAUUAGAGUUACCCUGUCUCUGUGAUAAGCCAGUAAUGAAAACACAAAUGAAAAAAAAGGUUUGUAGCAAGUUUGUUCUUCGUUGGGAACAUGCAUCUGUUAUUGAGAGUUCCUUGAUAUUAAUUAAGAUUAUUUAUUUCCCUGUUUUUGUGUGUAUAUGCAUGAUUGUUAUUGUUUGUUUACUGUUAUAUUUUCUCUAAAUAUUUUGUUUUAAUUGUUUUAACAAUGGGUGCUUUGCCCUCUAUAUGAACCAAAUAUGUUAUCUACUGUAGGUACAUAGUACAUUUCAUUUGCAUAUGGAUGAAUGGUAUGCAGGUCAUAGUAAUAGAAGAUAACUAGUUUUCUUCUUCUGUGUUGUGUGACAUUUCUUUUUCUUUAACAGCUAUAGUUACAGUAAUGCAACAGUGCAAUAUUAAGGAAAAUGAUAAUCUCUUGUAUACUGAUUAUCUUUAUGUAUGUUAACUUAUUUCAUGGAACUUUUUAGUAGCUGUACAACAUCUGGUUGUGUAUUGCAGACUUGGCAUUUAGUGUUGCACAAAUUAUAUUCUUUUGUAAGUGA